CGACGCCGGUAUAUUCAGUAUACGGCUGACGCGCCAAGACGCCAGACGUUCGGAGCUUUUACUGCUUGUAUAUCUGUUCCUCUAUAGUCUCUCGUUGUUUAUUUUACGAUCGUACUAACAAAAAAAAAAAGAAAAAAAUUUUAUUUUGCCCCAAAAUCAAUUAAUAGUUUUCAUCGAAGAUAAUUCUCUGUUUUUGUGUGCAUUAAAUAUUAGUGAAUCUCAUUGAAAAUAAAUAAAAACAAAAUUUGUGCUAUUAUUAACAAAAAGAAAACAAAACAAAAGAAUAUGUAGAAAAAAAGUGAAUUGUUUGUUCUCAACGAUUUGCUUUAGGCGAGGAAAAAAAUAAAAUAAAAUAAAUGUUGAAUUAAAAGAGGGAAAAAGAAUCAUGCCACAUAAACAGUUUUCCUAGUAUACGAGAAACUCUACUGAUUGCCAUGAAAAAAGAAAAAUGUUCCAUUAUUAUACGUGAGAAUAGGAAACAAAUUUGGUGUAAACAAUUUAGAAAUAGUGUUUUGGUGUUAAUUUAAAAGUGUUUAUAUAUAUAUGUAUAUAUAUAUACUGUGCGGUGUGUUAACGAUAAUCAAAUUGUGUGUGUGAUUGUCUAUUGCUUCCUGGGCCUUUGUGGCCAGGCUGAAAUAAUCAAAAUCGAUAUGGCCGAGAACGAUAAUUUCUCGGCAACAUCAAGUCUUUCAGUUCAAACUGUUAUAGAAAGAACUAAUAUAUUAGAUAAUCAAACUCAGCAGUCGACUAAAAAUCAAGAUAAACAACUAUCACCAAAAGAACGAAAAAUCGAAACCACAACUGGUAUUUGUAUCCCAGGCACCAAUCAAUGUCUAACAAGGGCAUAUAAAAAGCAAUCUCAUAACAAUAAAUUGAUACUUUGCUUGGAGAGCAGAGAUCUUUUCGUCAGUGGAGGAAUAAUAGACACGCUACGAGGUGUACUUGUCUUUGACCGUGACUUCUUGAAAGGCAAACAUAUUUAUGGUCAAGUGAAAUUAACAUUUCGAUACGGUCGAGAAGACGAGGAAGUUAUGGGACUGAAAUUUUGCAACGAAGCUAUGAUGGCUUUUAAGCAAUUGUACCCGCCAUAUUCUGGUCCAGAAUAUCAAGAACCUAUUUCUAUUUUACAGAGUCACUUAAUAGAUAAAUAUGGAGGAAAUGCACAUCCAUUUACAAUGACGUUGAUGCCAUUAUCGCCUCCAUCAGUUCAACUAGUUCCUGCGAAAGAAUACAAUGGAGCACCAAUCGGUACUAGCUACAAUUUUCGAGUGUUUGUCGCCGAGACACCUGACGAUAAAUUGCUAGCAAAAAAUACGACAAUGGUUCAAAUGGGAAUCAGAGUGAUACAGGGACCGAAUUCACAAUCAAGAAAUCCCCUUUAUAGAGUGCCUUCAACGACAGGAGAGUCACUGCUUAACAGAAUUGAAGAAUGCGAUCCUCAAAAGAUAAAAGUCUCUUACAACGACAACACGAAUUCUGAUAUCGAAGAGGCAGAAGAACCGAAAAUACCACAUGCAGUCAUGGAAAAGCAAUUUCUCAUGAGCGACGGCCCCCUACGUUUAGAAGCAAGUUUGGAUCGUGCAAUUUACAGUCGUGGAGAUCCAAUCACAGUUCGUGUCAACAUUACCAACAAUAGUAAAAAAACCGUCAAAAGGAUCGAGGCAUUUGUAGUUCAACACGUGGACGUAUGCAUGUUUAGUAAUGGGAAAUUCAAGAAUAAAGUGGCUUUAGUAUCCUCUCGAGAUGGUUGCCCGGUGGAUCCAGGAUUUACGCUCACGAGAAGUUAUACUUUAAACCCAGAGAGAAGCAACACAAAAAAUUGGAUUGCAUUAGAAGACAGUUACACCAGCAAAGACAGUUACACAAACAAAGCCAGUGGAAAUUUAGCAGCGACGAUUGUUUGCUCUGGAAAAGGACCCGACGACAGAAACGUUUUUGCUAUUUAUGUUUCCUACUACGUCAAGGUAAAACUGAUGAUAUCACCGAUCGACGAAUUAAUCGGUGGUGGAAUAUCAGUUAAAGUUCCAUUCACACUUAUACACAGUGAACCAAAUUUAGAGACAAUGAAUAGUCCAUCGCCAAUACGCGAUACCUCAAGAACUUUAGGAAAAAUUGAAGAGCAUUCAAAGCCAAGUGAUGAGGAGCCAAUUUGUCACAAUAAAGAAUUGUUCUCUUGUGAAAAAAAAGAGGCAGCAACCAUAGCAAAAACGAAAGAAGAGAGAAUGGCUGAAAUGGAUUUGAUAAAGCACUACGACGAGUCAAAAAGUACCUGAGAAGAGGAAGGGGUCCUCACAGACGAGACCCGCAUUGCGAUCAAGGAUAAUAGCGAGGAAAACACCAAGAACUUAAAGAACUCCAACAACAAAAACUGUAAAGAAGGAUUCAACAUACAAAGAGCCUGGUGCUGUUUCAGGAGAGCCUCGUAGUGACACGAUGAAUUUUCCAUUUUGUAAAAGGAAAUCCACUAACACAAAAACACAACAAAAUCAUCACGCUUAAAUUACUCUUGAAGAAUAAUAUUGAGAAAUGUCAAUAUUCAUUUUGUAAAUAGACAAAAAGAAAUCGAGUUCAAACAAUGUGAAAGAAUCAAAAGGAUAUAGUAAGUGCAAAAUUGAACAGAAUGGCCACUAAAAACAGUUUUAAAAAAUUCCCUCAUUUUUGUUUGUCAAAAUAAUCAAAGUAUCUUUAACUUGGUAACCAUUACUCACAAUUUUUUUUAUUUUUGAUAACGCAGUGCUUUUUUAAUGUAUUUUUGUCCGCUGCACACUAAAUCAGUUUUCAAAAUUGCCUAAGGUGUAAGAAUUUUGAGAAAAGGGGGCUGAACUCCGAAAAACACGUUUUUGGGGGUCCUUACCCCCCACUGUACUCAAAAUACUUACGUGGUAAGCAAAUUUGGGACCCGUAAUCGUGUUCAGCGGAAAAAAGUACUUUGAAAACGAAUCCGAUGUCGAAAAUAAACAAAAAAAAUUUUUUGAGUCUCUAUCCCCACUUUUUUCAAAAUUUUUUUGGUCUUGCGCUUGUGGAUCUCAAACUGUACGAUUCAAGCUUUAAUAGAAGACCUCAUAGAACUCUCUAACAGGUUAAAGAGAGAAAAAUAAUAAAAUAUUUUUAUUUUCAAUUUCAAAUAAUAAAAAAUCUUAAAAAACACGUUUUUUUGAAGUCUUUACCCCCACUUUUUUCAAAAAAAAAAAAACCCAAAAAAUUUUUUUUUGUUAUUUUCGAUAUCGCAGUCGUUUCCAAUGAACUUUUGUCCGCUGAACACGAUCCCGUGUUCCAAAAUUGCCUAGCACGUCAGGAUUUUGAGAAAAGUGGGGUUAAAAUUCCAAAAAAAAACCUGCUUUCUUCUGUUUUUUUUUUCCUAAAAAGUGGCCACCAUGUAGAAUAAAUUUUUGAGAAGAAUGCAUAGUUUUUUUCAAUAAAAUAAAUAAUAAAAAAAAAUGUUAAUACAGAAAUAAAACAAAGAGACGAAAAACGAAAAAAAAAUUGUGUUUUUAAAUUGAAUCGAGGAGAGCAUCGAAGGUUUUUUCGCGACCGCUUUCACAUCGAAUUGAUGACUGCUGAUUCUGUGAUUUUUUAAGAAAGUGAUUGAUAGACAAGAACAUAGAUCCCCUCCGCCUGUAUUAAAAUUCUUAUUUCUUAUCAAAAUUGAGUGAAUGUCGUAGUUUUUAUACCAGGGCUGCAAAAUCACGAUAAAAAAUAAAAAUAAUCAAAGCUUUUUGUAGAUAAAAUUUUUUAUUUAAAUUGUUUUAAAAAAAAGUAUAUUUACUUUUUAGCUUAAAAAUAAUAAAAUUAGUUAUUCGCAUCUUAGAGAAAAUAAAGGCACAAAAAAAUAAUAUUUGGCAUAAAAAAAUUACAUAUCAAUAAAUAGAUUUUAUUUAAUAAAUUUAAAAAAUUUUUUAAAAUCAUAUCAAAAAAAAAAUUUUAUACUUGUUUUUUAAAAAAAUCUAUUUAAUUUUAAAUGCAAAAAAAUUUUAUACCUUUAGUAAAUAAAAUAAUUUAAUUAUUUUAAUAAUUCACGACAGCCCUGGUUGAAAAAAAAAAAAUUUCCAAAAAUCCCGGAUGAACAUUUUACAACCAAAAGUGAAAUAAUUAUUUCGAAAAAAACUUUGAGAGGAGACAGGAAAUUUCUGAAAAUUGAGUAAAUCUUGAGCUAAUAUGCCAUCUGUAAUCCAAUAACGUCAAUCUCUCGACUGGAAUAAAAGUGACUCUAU